GUUCUGUGACAGGGCGGGUCAGCGGGGUGACGGCGCGUCGGGCAGUCCAGCCAGAGCUGCGGCCGCUGAUCAACGUCUGUAGUCGCAUCCCUUCAGCACCAUUCAUCUCGCUCAGUCAGGCCUGGAGAUGACCGCCGAGCAGCUGUCGGGCGGCUGCGGUGUGUCGGAGGCGCGGCCGGAGACGUCUCGCGGCUACCCUCCCUAUGGAGACGGCGACGACCUGGAUCUGGAACUGGAGCUGGCCAGCCUGGAAGAUGACGACGACGAGGAGGAGGACUGCGACGGCGACAGCGAAGGCAGCCGGCCGCGUCACCACCAGCAGCAGAAGUCACAGCAGCAGCAGCAGCUGCUGCAGCAGCAGACGCAGCAGCAGCAGGUGUCCAGGCCCAGGGGACGGAGGGGCGCCUCCAGCAAACCCAGGGCCGGCCGCGCGCGCAGCCCCACACAGCUGCUGCGGCUGAAGCGGCACCGGCGCAUGAAGGCGAACGACCGCGAGCGCCACCGCAUGCACCUGCUGAACGAGGCGCUGGACCGGCUGCGCUGCGUGCUGCCCACCUUCCCCGAGGACACCAAGCUCACCAAGAUCGAGACGCUGCGCUUCGCGCACAACUACAUCUGGGCGUUGAGCCAGACGGUGCGCAUGAUCCACAGCCAGCAGCAGCAGCAGCCGGACGACCCCGCGUCCGCGACGGCGCCGCCGCCCGUGACUCUGAGCGUGGGCAGCGUGACGGUGAGCAUCGGCGGCGAGCGCGGCAACCUCAUCACCUCGAGCAGCGGCAGCUGCGCCGUCGCGCAGCAGCGCAGGCUCCAGGGCCAGCAGCUGUUCGCCGCCUCCAACGCUCCAGUCUGCACCAGCCUGCACGAGGACACCUGCUCCAGCUACAGCGACCUCUCCGAGUGCUACGGCAGUCCGCCCUCCUACCACCCGCACCACUCAAUGUACCAGUGCAUGUGA